AUGCGCCCCGUGACGCGAUCGCCACUCCUCGUCGCCGCCGUCGUGGUGGCAGCCACGUUGUGCCUCAACGGUGACAACGCUAUCUUGUCCUUGUCCUCUGGUGUGCGUCUGGCACACGCGAAUGGCCCCAUCACGAAAGAUCAGUGCUUCAUCCUUAACCCGCAGCCGACCGUCACGUCCUGCAACGCGUACCUGCCGCCUAUUGUUGACUUGUACGGCUCGCUGCCCUACGACACGACGCCGGAUUACGCGGACUGCGUAAAGGAGCGGUGCCUUUGCACGGGCGCCGCGACGAGUACGGCCAUCAAGACGAGCGGCUUCUUCUGCAACAGCUCUGGCUGGAUGGAGAGCGGCUACACGACCUGUAACGUGUUGGUCGACUGCUUCUCUAAGUUCUGGCGGUGCAUCAACAGGGCACUCUACAUGCGCUACCUCACAGACCGCGAGAACCUCGAUUCGGGCGAAGUGGAUCUUAUAACCGACCUGAUCUCCCACGGCAGCCACCCUGGUGAGCCGUUCGAUAUCACCGAUACAUUCCGCUCGUGCCGUCUGAUGAUGUGCGCCGCCGCGAACUCGCGCCAGAACUGCGGCCUCGUCACGUGCCUGCCGAACUACACCCAGUGCGACGAGUACAUCCGCCCUCCGCCGCUGCCGUAUACGCAUCCACUGUGCACGCAGGGAUGCCGUGCCGCCCUGCUGAUGAUGGCGCUGACGAUCGCCGCUGUGUCCUUCUCUGCUUGCUGCUUCUGCUGCUGCCCGGCGCAGGUCCGCAUCAGCGAGCCCGUGCUAAUGGAAGAGGUGCCGGCGCAUAAGGUCGAGCUGAGCUCCAUGAGGAGCGAAGUGGAAGCCCAGGCUAGGCGGCAUCGGACGAACGAUCCGUACACGCAGUAG